AUGGAUGAAGCAUUUUACCAUUGUGUUACUAUUCGUUGUGGAGAAUUAUUAUGUUGCACGACGCUUGGUACACUUCGUAAGCAGCAGAAGAGUAAACUUGUAUCCCUAUUUAGUGACGAUUUCCCACUCUACGAUGAUACUUCAGAUAUUCAUUUAAUGCCGCUUAAGUAUGGUGUGAGUGGAGAGGCAUUUUCUACAGUUGUAGAUUUUCUUCGUUGUGGUGAGUGGCCGCCGAUCUUGCAGCAAUCACUCUAUCAAGACAUCUUAACAUGCAUAGAGCGGCUUGAACUUUCUGUUCUCCCACCACCUUCGCCUAAUUUUAACGCCGUUGAUCGAAAGUAUAGUUGUAUGGAGGUUGUAAUACCAGGAGAAGGAAAAGGUGUAGGAACUACAUCUUGUAUAGAUGUUUGCGCAGGGUUAGGCAUGCGAGGAUAUCGUGUGCGGAAACAGUUGCAAGGGAGAAUACUAGAUCCACAUAAAGGUACCGAACGAUAUGAUGGAGGAACUGUGACGUUAUUAAUGGAACGUCAGCUUCCAGUUGCACCGCGCCUUGAAGCGUUAUCUUCACGUUCCACGUGGGUUAAUGUACUCACACAUGCUAUGUGA